AUUAACCAAAAGAUCGAUAUAGUUACACAACCACUUAUCUCCUACCGUGUUAUACAUAACGCUUCUACUCAAUAUCUUACAAUGAAAUAGUACCUUUCGUCACUGAAUCUUUUUAUUCUAACUAUCUAUUGAAAAAGUGAUAUCCAUAUCAAAAGAUACCGCCUUGAAUGAUAUUGCUUUCAAGGGAAACUGCCUCGUAUAUAAGUCAAAGCAUUUUAGUAUCGAAGUACUACCUUGAGUGACGGUCAGCAAGAGCAUGUAGCCAUAUUUGUAUUGGGUUUGAUAAGAAUCUAACAGUAGUAAGUUAUCCUUCAUGCAACGAUUAUAGUGCCACUAGUAAAAUUCAAAAAUUUAGAAACAUAAUUUCCAGCUCCGUAGUGAGAGUCAUGUACGCGGACGGGAAUACGACCGAAGUUUUUCAGGAGCAACAAGAAACAGUAGCGACGGAAACGGAUGAUGAGAGACGAGGUCUCCACGCCCUACUCCUACCGCUGCUCCUAGUGGCCCUUAUCAUCACGACCAAUGGUCUCAGCCUGGCAGCAUUUGCCGUCGAAAAACGACUCCGUGGCUACAACAACUACUUCAUCAUAAACCUUGCGAUCUCGGACUUUCUCUUUGGGUUUGUCAUCAUCGUGACAUCCUUGCACACCUAUUUUAGACGAUUCCCAUUCCCGGGUAACAACUCGUGCCGGAUCUUCUACGGUGUCUUCAGCAGCGUCCAGUUUGUAUCAAAUCUGAUCAUCAUCACUAUCUGCAUUGAUAGACACCGAGCAACCUACGAUCCCAUCGGGCAUUUCACCACCAGGAGCAAGCGAAAGGCGAUCUACGCAAAUAUUUCCGUUUGGGCUGCAUCGAUCCUAUUCUGGUUCGGUUUUUCGACGAUUCCCGACUUCGUCAUGGACUUCAACAACACUUCCGGCUGCAUCGUUUGGCAUUUCGUGAACCCGAUCGGCCAGAUAGUACCAGUAUUCAUCCGGUUCAUCAUCCCUUUCACAAUCAUGCUGAUAAUCUAUGUGCGGAUCUUCGUGAAGAUCCAAAAGAUAGCCGGUAGAAAACACAUCGGCGAAGAAUUUAAUAGGGACACUUCAUGGUCGCGGCAGAGCAAAUCGGACGGUGGUGACGACGCUGGUGAUUCCAAAGAAGGCCCCAUUACUACCAUAGAAUCUGGUGGUCAGAAAGCAGUCAAGCGUGAAUCAGCAUCCGAGGUUCGCAGCGCCACAAAGACACUCCUCUUCAUCGUCAUCGCUUUCUUUAUUACCUGGUUUCCAGUUUCUGUCAUCUCCUUUAUCUACUCAAUUGAACCGACAUUCAUCUAUCCGCGGCUUCCUGACUGGGCGCAUUUGGUACCCGGUUGGCUGGUCUACGUGAAUAGCUUACUUAAUCCGCUUUGCUACGUUGUCUCGCAGCCGCUGUUUCGGAAAACCGUAUUCGGUUUGAUCCGCCACCCUAUCCGGUACUGCAGAGGCAAAUAGUCCUCUGUUUCAUUUAAUUAUGGCGGGUUUGGAAUCGUUGCAUUUGUAAUUUGAAGUCUGAUUAUCAAUUGACUGAAUCUUACGAUUCUCAGUGUCCUAUAGCUCCUGAGAACGACCGGUAAGGUUCUAAACGGUAAUAGCAAAUUGGAUUUAAAAAUACACUUAUAUCUAAUUAACUCUCCUGUUUGGGAAAUCUUUUUUAAAGUUCUAUAACUCUAGAUAUUGAAGUUCUUAUUGUGAAUAAUUUAUUGCUCAAUAAAAAUUAAACCAUUAUACAUCAUAUCAUGUUGUUGAUUUUAGAGGAAAGUAAAAAUGAACUUCGUAUUGAUUGUAUCGGCAUUAGUAUGUCACAAACACAAAGUGAGGUAAGUAGCACACUUAAGUGAGGUACCUAUUUAUAUGGGUAUAUCUGUAAUGUAGUGAUUUCUUUCAUUACUCCCAUUGAGUUACAGCUACGAAAUCAACUAUAAAAGGAUUUGUUCAUUAUAUAUAUAUGCUAUACUUGUGAAAAUUGCCUGCUGGUUUGUCGGGUAUGAAAUUAUAUAGACAACGGUAUACACUGUUAAAAAAACCUUAUUUUACAGGGAAAAAAGAAGAUUUUGCAGAAAGCAAUAACAGAAUCAUUCUAUAAAUUCAUAAAACAGGAAUUUUUCUGCAAUUUAACAGAACAGGUCUGUUUAAAAAGGGGAAAAGGGUGUUUUAUUUAAGGAAAUUUGUAAGAUUCCAUACACCAAAUACCAAUUUCCUGUAAGAUUACGCAAUCUGGUAAGAUUACAGGUGUUUUCGAUACUCUGCUGUAGAAACUUCGUUUAUUUUAAGGAUAAAUUAUCUAACAGUGUAGAUUGAAAAUGGUAAUGGUUAUUAACCCCCCCCCCCCCCCACAUUGCAUGUUUGGAAGAUGAUUUUAUAUGUUGAGAUCCAUCUUUAUUUUACAUUUUUUUAUUAAUAUUUUAGUUCAAAGUGUAUUAAUUCAAAUACUCUUUUUUGUUAUAUAUUUCGGGCUCACAUGAUAAAUGUAUCUUGUGCAAUGACAAGACAAUGCUUGGAUAAUGCAUACACGUAUAUUGUAUAGACAGUAUAGUAUAUUUAGAUUUUAUGUUACAUCUAUGUUAUAAAGUCAUGAAGAACAAACUCCGUAUCAUUAUCAAGACCACAUCACUCCCGCAUAAUUUGACAUAAUGAACGAACUUCACUCUAUAUUAAAAAUAGUAAUC